AUGGCUUCCUCGCGAGGAAGCCAUUGUGCACCAGACGACGACUUUGACGCUGCACUACUACUACCUGAAGACAGCUUUGAACCUGCCCACGAGCAAGGAGAGCAUGAAGUGGAAGCAAUUCUAGACAUGCAGUGGAAGAUGAGGAGCAAGACUUCACGUCGUACCCGAGAAUACCUGGUGAAGUGGAAAGGCUACGAUGAGACAGAGUGGCUGCCUGUGACCAAGCUGAGUUGUGGUGCCCUGCUCUAUGAAUUCAAUCAAAAUAUACAGGCCCGCGUGCGUUUCCGAUGCAAGCCGGAGAAUAUCGUCCUAGCGCUAGGCGCUAGGAUGAUUCGCAUUUUAGAUGAUGACAUCCAGGAAGGUGAUAUUUUAUAUGGACUGUGGAGAUUGUGA